AUGGCCCGCUUCACUCCCCUCCGCGUCCUCGUCGGCACCUCGCUCUUCGCCUCGCUCGCUCUCGCGCAGACCGCCGCCCAGAUCAGCCAGGAGCAGCUCACGCUCGCGACACUCAUCCCGACCACCUGCAACACGCAGUGCCAAGCGUGGCUCUCGACCCUCGGGACCUGCCCCGCCGCAGCCGCCGCGACCUACGCGACCUGCGUCUGUGACGCGACGUUUGUCAGCAACUUCCAGACCUGCGCCGCGUGCUUGCAGACGUCUUUGACGGCCGAAAACGACGCGACCAACGCGGCGACGGCGACGAACGCUCCCACCGACCUGACCAACUACUGCGCGACCGCGGGCAACGCUGUCAGCCUCUCGUCGACGUCGACGACCUCUACCGCCGCCCGGACCACCGCCGCCGCAGCAGCAGCCGGCACGACGACGCAACGAACCUACAGUGUCUCGAUCCCGCCCAUCACCUCGGUCUCGCUCACCUUCUCGACCGUGACCUCGUCGUCCAGUCUCCCAUCUGGAGCAUCCGCCUCGUCGCAGACGGGCGAGAAGGUCGUCACUCUCCAGUUGACGAACGCGAACGUGCCGUUCCCGACUCAGUCGAAGGGCACGAGCGCGUUUGCCAACUCGGCGCAGAAGAAGGCCGGGUUUGCGGUUGGAAAGGUCGUGGGAGCGUUGGCGGUUGUCGCGGGAGGGAUGAUGCUCGUCUGA